AUGCCACAUAUACUUGUUAGUACAAGAAUUCGUCUAGAAUCAGGUCCGACUAUUCUCGGUGAUGAACAAACAGAUCCUGAACUGAUGGCUUAUUUAGGUGCACAACUUUUUCAUGAAAAAUGUAACAAUUAUUCUGAAUAUCGUACAGAUGAUUGUGUACGUAUUGUCCUUGACAAACUUGAAAUACUUGGUUAUCGUGUUAUGUCAAUGACAGGCAUUGGACAAACAUGUAUUUGGCUUUUACAUAAAGAUUAA